AUGGAAGGAAGUUUAGGCGACGAAAUUGACUGUGGAAAUUGCUUUGAUCAUAUCGACGACCUUCUAGAUUUUUCUACUGAAGACCUCGACGAUGUUCUUAUGACCACUACCGUCACCGCCGCCCCAUUCCCUUCCAUUUGGUCCACCGCGGCCGCAUUCCCUUCCAUUUGGUCCACAGCCGCCGCAUUCCCUCCUAUUUGGUCCACUACGGCGGCAGUGGCGGAUACUGGUUGUUCUAGUAUCGGCCUCACUAACGAUCCCAUUUGGUCCGCGGCGGUAGCGGAUACUGAUUGUUCUAUAGCUAGUAUCGGCCUCACUAACGAUCCCAUUUGGUCCGCGGCGGUAGCGGAUACUGAUUGUUCUAUAGCUAGUAUCGGCCUCCCUAACGAGCUCUACGAAGAUAUUAUGCCAUCGGAAUGGUUCUCAAAUUUAGACGAUUCCUUCGCCGGCGCCGGAACCCAAACCGUCAGCAGCUCGUCGUCGGAGUCGAACAAAUUUCGCGUCUCAAGUCCUGUUUCCGUUCUCGACAAUAGUAGCGAAAGUAGCAGCAGCAAAAGAAAAGAGCAAGCCGACGACGCCUGCAGACGAGACGACGCUAGCAGCAAGCGACCACGGCAGUCAUUUUUCAUUCCCCCACCACCACAUCUCGUGUCGCCUACUAGUUCAUCGGAUUCGGAGAACUCGGAGAACUCGGAGAACUAUGGCGAGUCCUGUUCCCCUCCGCCAGCCGAGAAGAAAAUCAAAUUGUCAUCAAAUGAUGCAUUUAAUCCACGAGGCGGCUCCAGGAGAUGCUUACACUGUGAAGUGACGAAAACGCCGCAAUGGAGAGCGGGGCCAUUGGGGCCUAAAACUCUGUGUAAUGCUUGCGGUGUUCGGUACAAAUCCGGCCGCCUCUACCCCGAGUACCGGCCGGCGGCGAGCCCGAGUUUUGUCUCCCGUUUGCACUCUAAUUCGCACAAGAAGGUUAUCCAAAUGAGAAUUAAAUGA